AUGUCUUCCAAUAGCAGCAGAAAAACAGACUGUAAAGGAAAAGGAAAAGCAUCUGCAAGUAUAUCUACCUCUGCAAACCGUGUUUUGGCUGGCCGUGUUGGACCUCGAGAAAUUGCCCCCAGUUUCUCAUCUGCAACUAUCCAAGAUCAGCAAUACACGGAAAUUAUUGAAAUGUUUAACAAAGUAAACAACAGUAUCAAUGGUGUCAAGGAUGACAUUGCUGCUGUCAAUAGCAACAUGACAGCCUUUAAAAACAGGAUGGGCGUUGUUGUUGAUACAUCUGGAAAGACACAUACGGCAUUUGCAGACUUUGCAACUGCCUAUGCCAACAAUCAGACUCAUAUGACUAGUCUAGAACCAUCUCUGAUGCCAUCCUAUGUCCCCCAGAUCUCCCUCAGUGAUGCCGGGGUUUCUGUCAUUAUCUUGGAAAUUUUUGUGGAAAAGUUGUGGGACUGGAAGUUCGAGUCUGACGACCCUGCUCUUGUUGCUGAGAACGAGAGUAAGAAGAAGUGGAACUUGAACAAAAAGAUUAACCACCGCAAUAACAUAGCUGUUAUCAACUACUUGAAGAGCUACAUUAGUGCCCAGACUCGUCUAGCUGGUACUCACCCACGGGUGAUAAGUGAUAAAAUAAAGAACAGGUACAAGCACAGUCAUAGUACUUUUCACGAGUCUCCUGAGCAGAAGGCCAAGAAAAACAGCAAGGGGAGAGCAAACAGUUGUACUCUUCAGGCUUGUAUAUACUAUAUAAGAAUUAAUUGGUAUAUUACUAUUUUCUCAAGCUACAAUCUAUAUAACCAGAUGUCUAUCCAACACAAGUCGACAUACAUGGACAACUGGGUAGCCAUUGAUGCUGCAAUGGGAUAUAAGACUGGAAACCCUGUUGAGAAGGCUUAUCUCAAACUCUUUCAGAAGGAUGCAAUGUCUGAUGGUGAGUCGGAUAUUGAGAUUGUGGACAAUCUUCCACGACGGUGUUUGCAUGUGGCUUGCCCCACUUGGAGAAGUGAAGAGGUAAAUAAUAUUUAG